GCCGGGCAAGCAGGCGCGGUUGGCGGGGGGGGGUGACGUCUCGACAGACGGUGACGAAGUUGAGUGCGACGCUGAGGAGGAUGACAACGGUGACAUGUUCCCUUUGCGUGCGCCGAACAUGGGUGGCAGGGGCGGCAGAGGCAGGGCUUCGACGAAUGCUGGGCGGAGGUGGAAGAGGCCGUCGGUGACCUUUGCUGAUGCGGAAGGUGAGGGGGAUGGGGAGGGUGGCCGGAAUUUCUGGUCUGUGGAUCACAUGGUGGCCCUCAUAAGGGCGAAGCAGGAUCAGGACGCCCAACUGCAAGCGGCGGGGCACGCAUUCGCACGGAUGCGGUCGAGGGAGUGGAAAUGGUUGGAUGUCCGGGAGAGGUUGCUGAAGGUCGGUGUUGACAGGUCGGCAGACAAAUGCGGGAAGAAAUGGGAUAAUCUCAUGCAACAGUUCAAAAAGAUCCACACUUUCAUGGGCAUGUCGGGGAAGGAGGACUUCUUCCAGUUGACGAGUCAGCAGAGGGCAGAGAAAGAUUCAGCUUCAACAUGGAUCGGGCCGUCUACGAGGAGAUCAAAGGGGCGAAGGAGAGGAGCCACACUAUCAGCCCGAGCAAUGUUGCAGACACCGGUGGCGCAGGAGGACGUGCAGGCAGCCCAGGACGUCGGUAAACACCCGCCAAUGCGGGCGCCUUCUAACCCAGCGACGCCCACGGUGGGACAGGCGAGAAGGGAUGAAGGGGCGGGGGUGAAUGCGGCAGUAAGGGGGCAGCUUGCGACGCACAUUCCCGCAAAGGAAGCCGCAGCGGUGGGAGCCGUUGUUGGUACAUCGACGACAUGCGCAGGGGGGGGCGGUGGCGACGGUCGUGAUGAUGCUGAUGACGACGAUCCCCUCAUUAACAGGCAGAGGCGAUCCAGAAACAUGGCGGCUCUGGAGGCGAAAGCGAAACUGUGGGUGGACGAUCUGCGUUUCUGGAACGAGACGGAGGGGCAUGGGAUGUUCAAGAUCAUCCAGGAGACGCGCCUGCACCUCAUUGCCAUCGCGAAGGGUGUGAAACCGCCGGAGAUCAGAAAAAGCGUUGUCCUCCCGAACGUCACGAUCCCUCAGCAGAAGCUGGAAGACGUGUCGAAGUUGGGGCCCGCGAAGGAGAGGACUCCGAGGGUGCAGACCAUAGCGUUGCGCAUCAUCCAUGGGUGGAUCUUCAAGUCCCCCAAUCGUGCGCGCGGGUACCACUGCUCUUACGGCUAUGUGUUGAACCACGUCGCCACAGACCUCGCCCGCGCCAUCUGGUUUGGAGAGGACUGGCGGGUAUGUGUGAGUCCGGCGGUCGUCCAUAACACCUUGGAGCUUCAUAUGAAGCUCCCCAUCUGGUACGUAGGUGGCGUCAUACACGACAGGCACGAGGACGACGAAAUGGCGUCGUAUCAGGAGUCCACAACGCAGCGUCUGGUGGGAGCUUUCACGAAUGCUGUUGACACGGGGGAGGGGGUAGACGGCGGGCGGAUAUCGUACGAGAGGCUGAGGAACGUGGCAGACUGCAUGCGCCUUUUGCUGUCUGCCGCCAUGUGGAUCAUGCGGAUGGCGGGAGAUAAUCUCCGUUCGCAUUAUGAGGCGUCCCAUCUCGUGGAGCUCAUUGCGAAACCGACGCUCAUUGCGUCGCUGCAUCGUUCGUUCGACGCGCGCCGCCAUGUUCUGCGGUGUGUCAAUGCAGUAACGGAGAAAAUGGGGAAGCCCCCCAUGACGUUGGUCGACCCUCCAGUGUACAUCCCCGACUGGGUUUCGUGUGGGGUGUCGUUCCACAACGACGCCACGUUGACGUCUCCUGAGCUCGCCAGACGACUAGAUUGGUUAGGCACCGGACCUCCGGAGAUCGAUGAUGAAGACGAGGAGAAGGACGAAGGCGGGGAAUCGUGACGGCAGGCGUUGUGGACGACGACAGGAGGUGACCCCGCAUAGCCACCCGCCGC